UACCAACCAAGGGCAGCCAUCAAAGCACAAUCACCUCAAGAAGAUUGACCAGAUGCACCAGUGGAGGAAGAAGACAACCAAGGACUUCAUUGUCGAGCUCACACCAGUGGAGGAAGAAGACAACGAAACCUUGACACCUCAAGAAGCCCGACCAGAUGCAUGGGCUCCCUGGGCACCCAGAUUAUCCUGGCACCAACAGCAAACACCUUGA